GCUCAGUGCCCGCCCACGUGGGGGGCUCAGGCAGCGGCGGCGCUCGGACCGAGCUGAUCCCACGUGUGACGAGCUCAUUCUCGGCUGCGAGUCGACUCUCUGAGCGGGGCUGAUCUCUCUAUUUUUUUGUGGGGGGAGCUCCGCGCGUGUGUCUAUGUGUGUUUGUCCUUUUUAGUUGCUAGAUCAUGGAGGCAGACGGCAGCCAAGCCACCUCUGGCAGUCCCAGCGACUCGCAACAUGACCCAGGUAAAAUGUUUAUCGGCGGCCUCAGCUGGCAAACAUCACCAGACAGCCUUAGGGACUAUUUCAGUAAAUUUGGCGAAAUCAGAGAGUGUAUGGUAAUGCGAGAUCCGACCACGAAACGGUCCAGAGGCUUCGGUUUCGUUACGUUUGCCGAUUCUGCAAGUGUAGAUAAAGUCUUAGCUCAGCCCCAUCACGAACUAGAUUCAAAGACGAUUGACCCAAAGGUUGCAUUUCCUCGAAGAACACAACCCAAGAUGGUCACACGAACAAAGAAAAUAUUUGUAGGCGGAUUAUCUGCGAACACAGUAGUGGAUGACGUAAAGCAGUACUUUGAGCAGUUUGGCAAGGUAGAGGAUGCCAUGCUGAUGUUUGAUAAGACAACAAACAGGCAUAGAGGAUUUGGCUUUGUCACUUUUGAAAAUGAAGAAGUUGUUGAAAAAGUCUGUGAAAUCCAUUUCCACGAAAUCAAUAACAAAAUGGUAGAAUGUAAGAAAGCACAGCCGAAGGAAGUAAUGUUCCCCCCAGGAACUCGAGGCCGUCCACGGGGUUUGCCUUACACCAUGGACGCGUUCAUGUUGGGUAUGGGUAUGCUGGGUUACCCAAACUUUGUUGCAACGUACGGUCGUGGAUACCCAGGAUUCACACCAGGCUACAGCUACCAGUUCCCAGGCUUUCCCGCAGCAGCCUAUGGCCCAGUGGCAGCAGCAACGGCAGCGACGCGAGGCUCAGGUAGGGGCACCCGCGGAAGAGGCGGCUACAUGGCAUACCCUCAGAAUGUACGGGCAGUGUUUCCCACCUCUCUUUCACUCGGACCUGCGCACCUCCAUCUCAAACACUCUACUGAGCGUGCUCAGCGGGAAGGGUUCCCCGAUUACGGUUUCUAUUCCACGCCCGGCGAUCAGCGGGCUUCGUACUCGUUUGCGGACUACAGCUCGGUCGGACUGCGGGCCACUCAGAUGCUACGCAGUGAGCAUAUUCCGGCAGCGAGCAGCCCCUCCCUGCACCAUGUGUCCAACCCGGAUCAAUUUAAGAACCCAGGGUCCACACCUGGAUUAAACAACCAGCUGCUAGCGUGGCCCCAACCUCUGGUAAAAAUGACAGUCCUGAAUAGCUACAGUGCUCAGCCGAAUUAUGGCGCCCCUGCUUCCCCAGUAGGCACCAACCCUGCCCGGCAUGGUGGAUUCCCUGGAGCCAACAGCCCUGGCCCAGUGGCUGAGAUCUAUGGCACGGCCAGUCAAGACUCUGGUGUUGGUAACUACAUAAGCGCCACCAGCCCCCAGCCUGGCUCCGGUUUUGGACACAGCAUCGGGGGGCCAUUGAUUGCGACUGCAUUUACAAACGGAUACCAUUGAAAGCAGACAGGUGUUGGUUGGUUGCCAUCUCAGGUUUGAGAGUUUAUCUCUAGGAGCUCAAGGCAAGCCCGGGCGACCUUUCUGACUGGUCCCAGAUUCAGGUGAUGUCAUCAAAGCGAAGCAGACGCCUAAAGAUAACGAGCACUACAUAUUUCUUCACUGAUCAGCAAAAGCUGAAGGUGGCUUUCAGUGGACAUAAUGUGUUAGAACUUGCAUCAUCUCAGUGGUCUACUGUAUUAUAAUAAUCUUAGGAUUAAAAAAAAGAGAAAAUGGCAUUUUAAAUGAUUAAUAAUAAUAGUCUUUCUAGUGUUUCUUGAUUUAUUUUGAAAUUAAUUUUGAAUCACAGAUUUUUUUGCCUCCUUUUUGUGUUAUGUAGUGAUGUAGUUUUUAGUCUGUGUAUUAUAGUUCUGAAAUACCAUUAAUUCUGCACUGUAAUCUCUUCAGACUGUGUGUGUGUGUGUGUGUGUGCACACAUGCAAUUAUCUGUCUGGGAAAAAGCUUCCUAUUCCAGUUAGUAACAGCCCCUCCACCACCCGCUCUCACCCCCCCCCACCUGUCCCGCUUCCACUAACCACCUCCCCUCCCACCCCCUCGCCCCUGGGGUUUUACUGAUCUGCUGGAAUGGUAAACAAGGGAGAGAGAGAGAGCAGGGGAGGUCAGGGAGAUUGGCUGAGGUGAAGUUAACACUGAUAGAGGAGACAGUGAAGAUUGUCUUCGUUUGGAGGGAGAGUGAGUGGUGGGACAUUGGGUGAGUUACUUUCUAGAGACACUGAAACAGGACAAGGGAGAAUCUGCCCUGCUUCUUAAUGUUAACGUCAAUAAGGAGCAGAGAAGUAGCUCGACUAGCAACCAGAAAUAAAUCUAUUUUUUUUGUUCUGUGACAGUAUCUUAAUCAGCUCUACUUUUGGCAAUAAGGUCGGGACUGUGAAAAUUCUUUUCCUGAUCGUUUUUCUAUAAGUGCCGUUUUCUCACAUUUUUUGAGGCUUUUAUUGGGUCGUCGUUUAAAAAAAAAAGGUGUUUGGAGUUUAUUUUAUUGUUGUUGUGAAUUCUCGAAUACUGUAAAUAAUAAUUCCAAGUAGCUGGAUUUAUUCUAUUCAAAGAGAGAGAGAUUGAGCGAGAGAGAGAGAGAGAGAGAUGGGGUACAAAUAUUUGGGGUUUGGUUUUUUGAAACUGGUGCUGCUGUAGGGUAGUCAUGAACUUGACGAGAUAAGGGUUCUCAAACUGGGAGUGAGUUGGGAAUCCCUCCAAGUCUGAUCACCCAAGCUGCCCUUGGAUGAUACCUAGUUUAACACUGUACAGCCUGUUCUGUAGUUAUCUCCAAUAGAACUGUUGACUGCCCUCAAAUCAUUACAUUAGUUUCCGGUCGAUUUCAGGCCCAGGCCAACACAAAAGAGAGAGAUGCCUUCAGCUGUUAGACUGGCGUUACCUCAAUUGUGUAGUUUUUAAAAAGAAACCAAUUGAAUAUUUCACAUCAGGAAUGAAAAAAAUAUUUUUCACUUCAUUGUCUGAAAUAGAUGAAAUUAAAUGCUAAUUUAUACAAGAUUCAAUUAAUUAAAUCAUUAAUUUUUUAUGAAAAAGGGGAAGGCUUGUAAUUUCCCUUUUAGCCUUGGAAUUAACAAUAGCUUUUCUAAUUUUUUUCCACAUUUCAGGCAUUCUAUUUUCUCUCCUUAAUCUAAAUGUUAGGUAAGAACCCUGCCGUUGAAAGCGUUGCCUGUCUAACCAUGCUGAGUGGCAGCAUGGCUCACAGACACCUUUUAUCCACGUACUGAAAUAGUGCAAAAACAUGAGUUAUUUUACGAAUACCUCAGUGCUGUAUUGGUUUCAGCAUAGAAGCAUUCUAAAGAUUAAUUUAUUGUAGACGUAAAGAUAAUUAAAAUUUAAAAAAAACAUUUUUGCACUGUGAUUAGUAGGAAGCAACUGACAAUUCCUAUUUGCACAUGUUGAUUACUUGGCAUUUUUACCUUUGCUCCCCUUCGACAGGGGGGCAAGGUGUGAAGGAUAUUCGAAUUUCUUUUUUUGUAAACAUUUUGUUUUUUUUAUAAUUAAAUUGGGACAAGUAAGGCGAGGGUGGCAUCUUGUUCGGUGGAACAAUCGGAAAAGGAUUGUUGAAGGUUAAGUUAAAGAGUCUUACUACCUUUAUAAAGCAAUGCCACAUCUUUAGUUUUAAAGAGACAAAUAAGUAACACCUUAACACGCAGAAACUGGUACUAAAGACCCUUUGUUAACACACUGUUAAAUAGUUGAGAAAACUAUUACAAAGCGUAGCUGCUGCACUCCGGAAUGACUUUGGGUUUCAGACUGAUACAAGCCUGACUAGGGAUUGAAGCCAGUGUCUAUCUAUUAUUACAACGUUAGAUUUUGGUGGAUUUUUGACAGGGAUUUUUUUUAUUUUCGUUAGAGAAACCCCUGUUUUAUUAUUUUGCCUUCGGAACAACUGGUUUGUAAAAUGCUGAAAAUGUUUGAGAUUUUUGUAAAUGAGAAAAGACUUGUUUGAGGAGUGAAAACAAGAAAUAAUAAUACACAUUUUAAAAGUAAAAGGUUGUUCUUGGAAUUAAAGUGGUUCCCUAAAUUCAGAUUACAAUUGGGGAACAUUUGUAUUGAUAUACAUACAUAAUAUAAAUAUAUAUAUUAUAUAUAUUUUUGGGGGGUUGUUGAUAAUUCUGUACUGUAUUUCCUAGAUUAUUUCAUUAACCCUUCCUUCCCUUUCACAUCAUGGAGAUACAUUUCCCCCUCCUGGAACACCACCCCCCCCCCACUUCCUUCUCCUCCUCUGCCCCAUUCCUCCUCCCCCACGUCAUUAGACAUCGAUGUAUUUUUUGCUAGUGUGUACAAUUGCUAUUGUUCUGGAGUGCUGUCUUUGAUGCUUAGCCUAGUGAUUUUUAAGACAAAAUUAAUUCUCUCUCCAAUAAUAAAUCUUGUAUUAGUAGUAGAUGUAUUGUAACUUUAAAAAAAAAGUUUAAAAAAAGCUUUUUUUAAAAAAAAAUAAAAGUUAAAUACAAACUAUUAGAUGUAGUUAAGUGAGAUCUAGGACCGGUAAGGAUAGGAUUUCCUGUAUUUAAUAAUUAAUAAUUAAAAGAUAAAGGCAAAUACUAACCAUAAUAAUGUUGGGGCAAUUCUGCUGAUCUGACGUGGUUUCAAUGAACCAAAGCUUUCAUAACAUUUUAAUGCUGGCCAAUUGGAAGGCAUUAAGUGGAUUCCCCACCCUUGUCUCUUAAAAGGGUCGCCAUACUACCUUAAAUGCUAAUGCUAGAUAUGCAAGACUGGGUUUUUAUUAUUUUUAAGAGGGACGCAAGCUAUAAUUAUGAAAAUGAUUUUAUUAAGAAAAGAAUCCAUAUUUUUUUAAAAGCUCAGAUGAAAUUGAUAAAAAAAAAGUGAUUGUGUGAUAAGUUUUAAUGUUUAUAUACACAUAAACCACUGUCCCAGUGACCCACAGCACAAAUAUUUUUCAAGAAAUAAAGUAUGUUUUGACGUGUCUGCCUAUAUAGUAAGGUUUCCUUUAGUUCUCACUCGUCUAAAGCAUUGGGUUUGUUAAGGUUUUUUUUGUGACUGAAUUCUGUCACUUUAAGACAGUCCAUAUGGUUUAUUUUUAAUUUUUAAUUUGAUCUGUAGCUUGGACUUUAAGGUAGCAUGGCUCUGUAAUUUGCUCAAGUUUUAUUUUUCAUUGUACAGCAGUUAACAGCUGAUGAAUGUCAUACAUCUUGCUUAGGCUAGUUUCAAUUCAUUGGGUAAGUGUUGGUGAUUUUGUUCCUUUGACCUGAAAGGUGUUUGACUAAACUCGCUGAUUGGACUUGGAACAUGAGGUGACGGGGCUGGACGUGGGCAGGGGACCCAGGGCGGGUCACUGUGACAGGGCACUCUUGAGUCUAGUGCCCUUCGUUCCAUGUGGCACGCUCAAAUCGUGAUACCCCACCCCGCUUUAGAGUGACCGCCCCGGGGUUUAAAAUGGCGGACGGUGGGGGAGAUAGUGUGACCAAGGUCACGCAAGAUUUGGAAUUGGUUCUGGGUUGAGAGGCUGGGCGUGUCACCCCUUCCCCCAUUCCCCCCUCCCCCACCCCUCUGCAUCUGGUUUCAGUAGCUCUAUUGCUGUGGCAUCAGGGAACGAAUUCUUUGACUCAUCGUGACCAAUUUUUCCUGGAAUUGACAGUGAAAUUCUUAGGGACAUUCUGAAAAGGUGUAAAGGCACCGUAAAAUCUAACCCCUUCCUUUAACUUCUGAAUUGCACAUCUACUGACUCUUUCAACUGGACAUUCCAGAGUUGGCAAGCAGAAUAAGCAGGGUAGAUUUGUGGGAAAGUGAAAGUGGCCUGGAACUGUGUAUUGGUGAGGAGGUGUUUCAUGUGUUCAGGACAAAAUUGGCAGUGCUAGUGAUUUAACUGUAAGGAAUUUCAAGUUGCUUCCGCCCCUAAGGAUAACCUUCCAGUUGCACACAGCAGACCUGAGAGUGGCUGUUGUGUAGAACGCCCAUACGGUGCACUGAUUAGAGCCCCGUGACCAGCUCAGCCUUUGACUGAAGACCUGAGCAGAGGCCACACAAGACGUAGCGGCUGCCAUUCCUCACUGUGCUCCAAGCCUUCCCUGUCUCAGUCCAGAGGACAAUAGCACAAUCUUUUCUGGUGCCGUGUAAAUCAAAGUCAAAGUAAGUUUGUUAUCAGAGUGUGUAUAUGGCACCGGAUACAACCGCGAGAUCAUUUUCUUGCAGGCAUUUACAGGAAAAUAAAGAGAUGCGAUAGAAUUCAUGAAAAAUUAUGCAUAAAGAAAGACUGAUAAACAGCCAAUAUGCAAAUGAAGACAAAUUGUGUAAGUAAAAUAUAAGCAGUACUAAGAACAUGAGUUUGGGUUGUGGAGUCCUUGAAAGUGAGUCUGUGGGUUGUGGAAUCAGUUCAGCGUUGAGGAGAGUGAAGUCAUCCACUCCGGCUCAGGAACCUGAUGGUUGAAGGGUAGGAACUGUUCCUCAACCUGGUGGUGUGGGACCUGAGACUCCUGUACCUCCUACCUGAUGACAGUUGUGAAAUAGGACGUGGCCUCUUGUUUGCCUCUCUUGCUGUCCGUCAGUACCCUCACAGACUGCAUACCAGUUACCCUUGCUCACCCUGGGCAGAAAUGAUAAACCAGGCUCGUCUUCCUUGAAACCUGUGAUGCUUUGGGGCAGGGUACUGGCUUCCGAAUAUUGAGCAGAAGUCUGCAGUUCCAAUUAGAAGAAGGCUAACUGCUCGGCUUUGUCCUUGGACAGAGGAGAUCUUUGACAUUCACCGAAUGCUGAUGGAAGGCCUUCCUAUGCAGGACCCUGUGAUCAUCAGGACUGAUGCCCCCGCAUUUAUUCUCAGGCAUUUCUCCCCCUCCGCCACCAUUUCUUCAUAUAAUCCACCAGAAAGUUGCAUUUCAUCCGCAGAAUUUUUCAACAGGUGGUCAAACAUCGAUCUGAAAAGGACGCAUCCAAGUUGUUUGCAGAGGGGUGAUUGGAUGUUGGGGUCUGAUGGCAGUCCUACUGAUUAGCUGGCCACAGUUCUGCUGUUUCUGCUAAGCAGCUACUCUUGACUUUCUUCGCCCGGUGUUGUUUGCUCAGGAGUUUGGGUUGCAGGUGAAAUGAUGAAGGUUUGUGAAGUGCCUCUGAUACAUGUGGUGCACUGAUGUAGGAGAGCCCAAAACAUUUUCGGAAAAGUUUAGGGAAAUAGAGGCAAACGGGUGGAUUAUCGGAGCACAAGGCACUACAGGUGCUGGAAUCUGCUGGAAUAACCCAGUGGGCCGAGCAGCAUCUGUGGGGUGAGGGGUGGGGGAGGUAAUCGCCAGUCAGAAUCGUGCAGGGUCUCAACCUGAAACCAGAAACGCUGACAAUUGCACCCCCUCCCACGCCCCCCACAGACGCUACUCAGCUCACUGAGCUUCUCGAGCAGAUUGUUCCUCUUGGUGGACUUGCCCCCCGUUUCCAAAUUCCAUGCUGAAAACUUUCUCUCUUCCCCAACACAUAGUCAGCACCAUGAUGCUCCCCACAAAUUCCCUGCCCGGUGCAAACUGCCUCAGUAGCUGUCCAGGGUUCAAAUCCCAAUCCGGGGAUCUCAAGCACAAAAAUCCGGGCUGACUUAACCCUCCCCCUGACCCCCCCCCAUGCAGAACAUGGUGCCAUCCUUUGGGUGAAAGUUUCGAACCCAGCUGCCUCAACUCAUUCAGCAUUGACAAGAUGGGCCGAAGGGCCUGUUUCUGUGCUCUAAGGUUCUAUGAAUGGAUGAGGAAGGUCCCCUGAAAGUAUCACCCAGCAGCAGCAGAUAUGAAUGUCACCUGUCACGAUCACGUCGUUAGUGGGAUCUUGCUGUGCAGCAAUGUUUUUCCUACACUGCAACAAGUUCUGCACAAUGAAAGUACUGUCAUGGCCAGAGAUUUGUGGAAGAUGCUACAGAAGCUGUUGUUGUGUUUGAACUUCCCUGCCUUUUACAGAACCUUGUUGUUAAUACAUCACACCAGGCUUCCUUGGGGCUGCGGGGAGGGGUUGGCACAGCUCGUCUCCCCUCUCCUCCAUCACCACAGUUCUUCCCAGCCGGGACCUGGAGAAAGAGAACUCCAGCCAAAAGAGAGUGCUUCCUUUAAUCGUCGGCAUAGCCCGUGACGUCGUUGGACAACACUACUUGUGUGACAUGCCGCCACCUGUGAGAAAACAGUGGGAAGUUUCACUGCUGGUCGUCGAACCUCGUGUUCCUGACUAUUUCAGGUAGUAAAUACUCGGAAGGUACUAGGAGUACUUUCCACACACCUCCCACCGCAGUAACUCCUCUCUGUAACAACAGGAUCUUGGAAACUGCGGAUUUCUCUACUGGAGCGUAUAACUGAAAGUACAUGAACAUUCAAAGAGUUUUGAACACCAAGAAAAUGCAGAGAUGUGAGAACUGGAGAAGGAAAUCGUUCCAGAGCACAGGAUGGUGGCUUUAGUGAACAGCAGAUCUGGUAGUCGGGAUCACCAGCUUUAUUUCCUCUCAACAGCUACAGGCUUCCACUGACCCCACUGCCUUCCAUAACUUUGCAGAUCUUGGGAGUGACAGGCGCUGAGAGACCAAGCUCGCCCUUGAAGCAGGAUAGGAGUAAGAGUUUAAAAUCAUACGUCGUUGCGAAGUCUGGAAGCCAGUGGCUGCUGCCACACUGCAUUCUCGACCCCAGACGCUCUGCUCCGAGUUGGGUCAUGGGAAGCAGCGCGCAGGAAAACGUUUAAGGAUGUGGACAGCAUCUCCUCGAGGAAAGGCAACAUUCCCAGUGCUUCCUGGAAAUGCCUGGCCCACAGUCGGCGCAAAGUGCAGAGGGAGCAGUUGGGGUGAUAUCAAGAACCUGGAAUCCCUGCAUCAGAUGCACUGGGAAGUCCUCAGUAAGCUUCUCACAGAAUACCUGCCCCAGUGGGGCAUCUCCCGUCGUGUCUGUGAAAGACCCGGGUAAGUGGGACUAACCCAGUUGGGCAACUUGCUCACCAGGGACGGACUGGGCCAGCAACCUGUUUCUCUGAUGUAUAGCUCUUAUCACACGACGGCUCAGAUCUUGACCCCGUCGCCCACCCCAGGACGCACAAGGCCAGUGUAAACCUCGAUCCCGAGGAAGGAGAUCCCAAAUGUUCAAUAGUCUGAAGAAACUUCUGAUGAAGGGUCUCAGCCUGAAAUGUCAACUGUUCAUUUUCCUCCAUUGAUGCUGCCUGACCUGCUGAGUUACUCCACUGCUUUAACAUAGAAUACCACAGCAUAGCACAGGCCCUUUGCCCCACAGUCCUUUCAUCUACUCCAUGGCCAACCUAACCCUUCCCUCCCACAUAGCCCUCCAUUUUUCUAUCAUAAUGUGCCUACCCAGGUGUCCCAGAUAGGUAUCUGCCUCUAUCACCAAUCUUGGCAGCGCGUUCAAUGCUCCCAACACUCCCUGUGUAAAAAACACUACCCCUGAUAUCCCUCCCUCUACUUUCCUCCGAUCCCCUUAAAAUUAUGUCCUCUGGUAUUAGACAUUUCCACCCUGGGAGAAAGGAAUACGCUGUAUGUAUGCGUUACCCCUAACCUGCUUGGUUUGUUCUGACUGGCUCCCUCCCAAAUAUUUACUAAAUCUCAGCAAUCCAUCCCGAAGUGAGGCGUGGUGGGACGUGCUGAGGCUACGGGAGGCAGCACCAAAUGCAAAGUUGCUUUCACACACACACAAACAAAAUAAAGAACAUUGCUGAAUCCCAGCACAGACAAGGACUUGCUUCCCCCCUGUAGGUUUCUCUGCCCGAAUCAGACUGCCAGUUUCCUUGUCCCGUUGCCUCUAGAUUGCUUUAAAAUCGUGCGGUGCACAGAAUCGGGCUUAGUAUCACUGACCUACGUCAUGAAAUUUGUCGUUGUGAGGCAGCAGAACAGUGCAAUAUAUUAAAAAGUUACUAUGGUAUAAAAAAUAAAACAGUGCAAAAGGGAGCAAGAAGUGAAGUAGUGUUCGUGGUCCAUUCAGAAAUCUGUUGGUGCGAGGGAAGAAGCUGUUCCUAAAACACUGAGUGUGUGUCUUCAGAUUCCUGCGCCACCUCCUUGAUGGUAGUAAUGAGAAGAGGGCAUGUCCCAGAUAGUGAGGGCCCUUAAUGGCCAAUGCUGCCUUCUUGAGGUAUCGCCUAUUGAAGAUUUCCUCGAUGGAGGGCAGGCCAGUGUCCAUGAAGGAGAUGGCUGAGUCUACAAGCCUCUACAGCUUUUUCCGAUCCUGUACAAUGGCCCCUCCAUGCCAGAUGGUGAUGUUAGAACGCUCUCCGCUGUAUUUUGCUGAAGGCUUUGGUGGCAUACCAGAUCUCCUCAACUUCCUAAUGAAAUAAAGCUGCUGGCGUGCCUUGUUCGUAAUCGCAUCGAUUUGUUGGGCUCAGGGUUGAUCCUCAGAGAUGCUGACACUCAGGAACUUGAAGCUGCUCACCCUUUCUACUGCUGAACUCUCGACGAGGACUGGGGUGUGUUCCCCCGGCUUCCCCCUUCCUGAAGCUACACUUUCUGUUCCCUUCUUCUGUGGCUGGGGAAGCCGUCAGUGGGCACCAUGAAAGCAAAACUAAAUCGCUAUCUUCCUGUGAAUUCUGCCCUCAGGAAAGGAAUUGUAUUGAAAAACCUUCUGAGUGAGCAGUGGUGGUGUUGAAGGUUUUCUGUUGUGUCGUGUCCAUCGUAUUCCCAGAUGAGCAGAGGUUGUUUUUGACAGCAUCGAGGACUCAGAAGUACCCCAGAGGGGACCUUGGCCCCAUCAGCUGGAUUGAAUUGCUGUCCCCAGUCCCAGGGGGUGACACACUUACAUCGUGAGCCAAGUGUCUAUUCAGAGGCCUGGACGUCUGACUAAGGCCGUGCUGGGGUCCUUGACCUUAUUAUGAUAAUGUGAAGACCACCCACCUGCAUCAGGUUGGGGGGUGAGAACUUCCCUUCUUCUUUACUCCGCCUGGCAAAGGGCACCUUGCCAAGGAACCUCAUCUUUGAGAUAUCGCAGCACUUUAGAUGCAGGAGUAUUUUGAGCUGGUGUUGUGCCAUCUCUCCGCACAGGCCCGCUGUGGGAUACUGAGCCCCAUUCCAUGCCCCCCCCCAAUUCCCUUUCCUCUAAGGUCAACAUCCGAAGUUGCCUUCCCUUGUCCUUGUGGAGACACAAGAGACUGCAGGUGCCGUGUGCUUUGAGCAACACACAAAACGCUGGAGGGACGCAGCAGGUCGGGCAGCAUCUGUGGGGGACAGUCGACGUUUCGGGCCACGACCCUUCACCUGGAUCCAGGAAGUCCAGAUGAACCGUUGACUGACCAUUUCCCUCCACGGAUGCAGCCUGACCUGCAGAAUCCCUGCAGUGUUCUGUGUGUAUCUCUUGUCUUUAUCCGUCUUCUGUCAGAAUCUUUCUGGCCACUUUCAAGAGGGUCGCUGUCAAGUGCAUUAUGGGAAAUACUGUGGUCAGGAAAGGCACUACAUGAACAAAGGGUCGUACCUAUUGAAGUUUUAUCCUGGUUCUGGUGAAGAGCAAAUGAUAACAAUUGACGUUCUUUUGAUUGUUUUACUAAGCUUAGCUCCCAGGCCGAGAAUUAAUCUCACGCUCCCUGCACGGUUGUAACCAGUGAGUUAAUCGUUGCCGGCUGGUGGGAGGUAAGAUGUCUGCUGACAGAUCAACUUCUCCAGACUGACACGGGUGGGAAGUCCUGUCGACUCAGUACAUUGCUGGACGGGAAUGGCCAGGCCGCUGGUGGUCAGCGACAGAUACAGUCCUUAGUUCGGGUAGUGCUCCUCCCUCCAUUUUAGCACAGAUCUCAACCCAGAUGACCCAGAGUUAAAGGCAGCAAUGGUGCCAGUUGACCAAUCUGUGGGUGGACUGGCAGCAGGGACAGAUGUUCCCCAGAUGUUUGGUCACUGUGACUCCCUCCCAUCCCCCCGCCCCUCUGAUCUCACCUCACUACUAAAGUCCGAAGCAGCAACACUGUAAACACAAAUUGUGAAGGCAUCUUUCAGGUCCCUGUGUACGGCUAACUAAGCCCUGUUGUAAAAUAUGUGGAUGGGGCUCUCUCACAUCACAGAUGGGGAAAGUAUAAUUUUAUAUUUGUAUUUUCAAAAUAAUAAAAAAAGUUUGUGAAAGGUUUCCAUCCUCUACGUGGUCCAGAAAUCAAUGUGUUUGUCCGAAAAAUUAAAAAAAUAAAACUGUU